AUGCAUACCUUCUACACUAUUCGUUAUCCUUCUUCUACCGCUGCGAAAGGUAUAGGUGAUGGACUCCCUAUUCGUGUCACUAAUAAAGCAAUGGAAUCUCUACUAUUUUGUAUAGUUCACUCAAUUGAGUUUCAAAGUCCUCUACAGCCAUUAAAGCCCCAUUUAUCAUCUACAAAUAGUACAAACAGUAAAAAUAACUCCUCAAAUGAAGAGGAAUAUGUCGUUCCAGUAGUAAACACAAGCCUACUUCUUGGGAAUGUAACCUAUGUUGCCCGUUCAGAUCACAAUCAAACACUUCUUAUUUCUCUGCGUAAAGCCGUGGAUGCCGCCUGUGCAAUUCCAAUACCUGAAAAGAAAAAUCAAGUCCCUUUUGAACUUCGCGUGCGGCUUCUUCGCCGUCAACGGGGUUGGCUCUGGCAUGAGUCCCGGCCUCUCGUCGAGUGGGUCUUUCGAAUGAUAAAAACAAGAGAAGAGUUUAGUUUUCCCUCCUCCCACACAGACUCCAGUGAACAACAACAACGGCAAGGGCAAGGACAACAACAAAGGUUAAUGCCUCAUUUAUCAUCUAAAAAGACUUCUGCAUUUGCGGGAAGUCAAACCCGUAUUCAAGAGGAGGGAAUCGUGUAUUCAAAUGACCCAAAUCAAAUUCGAAGUGUACUUCAGUUUAUUUUAAAACACAGUUACGAGGCUAUAGAUCUCAACAGUUAUUCAGACUUUAGAUCAGGUGAGUUAAUUUUUGACGUUUCCGUUCAGGAAGUCUCAUAA